AUGGCGCGGGAAGCGGCUAGAGAUGAGGAAAAAGUUGCUGCUAUUGCAGCAAUAUUAGCAGCUACUGAGAGACGUGAUGCAGAGGCUGAGAGACAAAGAGAAAUAGCCUACCUGUUUCCCAAAACUAAAACUAAAAGAUUUGUUGUUGGGCUUGGAGGUCUAAAUCCCUCGCCUUUUGUUUCUUCUCUUCGAAGUCUGAUACUCUGCAGACACUCGGUCUUAGAAAUUUCACAAAACCAGCACGAUUUCACAGUCAAUUACCUCAUAAAAUCAUGCGGGUUGUCUCCGGAAGGUGCAAUUGCAGCAUCCAAGCGGGUCAAGUUGCGAUCCCCCGAAAGAGCAGACUCUGUUCUGUCAUUUCUCAGAAGCCAUGGAUUCUCUGCAACCCAGAUCUCCAAGCUCAUCAGAUCACGCCCGCAACUUCUCAUGGGCUAUCCGGAAAAAACACUUUCGCCAAAGCUUGAGUUUUUCAUGUCUGUUGGAAUUUCAAGGGAGGAGCUUGCAAAAACUAUUGCUUCCGUUCCUGGUCUUUUGGAUGUGAACUUGCAGAAGCGGAUAAAACCCACUUGCCUUUUCCUUGGGAAUCUGCUUUCUGGGAAAAAAAUUGUUGCUUUUUUGAAGAACGGCUCGCGGAUUUUUUUGGAAGGCCAUUCGAAGAAUCUGGCGCCGAAUAUUGGGAUUUUGAGAGAACUAGCUAUGCCCCAAUCAUGUAUUUCUCUGUUGCUAGCUCAUUUUCCUAGAUCUUUAAUACGAAAUCCUGAGAAUUUCGGCAAAGUUGUGGAUGAGGUUAAGCAAAUGGGCUUUAAUCUGGAAAAAUCAACGUCUGUCAUGGCAAUAAAUACUUUGUGUAGUAAGUCCAUAUGGAAUCAUAGUUGUGAAUCUUAUAAGAGGUGGGGUUGGUCAAAGGACGAUGUUCUCUCUGCUUUCAAGCGGUUCCCACAUUGUAUGACCAAGUCGGAGAAGAAAAUGAUGCAGGUAAUGGAAUUUCUAGUGAACAAAAUGGGAUGGCCGGCACGAGUUAUUGCCAAAUGCCCAGUUUGAAGAAGCGAAUAAUCCCAAUUCCCAAGGUGUUCGGUUGUUAAAGUUUUGAUGUUGAAAGGAUUGAUAAAGGAAAUUGAAUAUGUGAGUUUGUAUUCUGUAAUCCUCCCUGCAGAGAAAUUCUUCUUGGCGAAGUUUGUGGCCGGAUAUAUAGAUGAAGUACCUCGGUUAUUGAGUGUGUAUCAAGGAAAAGUUGAAGUUGUGAUGUAGUAUCGUAGAUGCAGCACUGCUCAUUGACAUUGGUAGCAUCUAGCUUUUGGCUCAGUAUAUUUUCCUAGAGAUGAAUUCAAUUGGUAGUCAUGGAUGAAGAAAGAUGAAAUUCAUUUUUUCGUCUUCCCGUUCCACUGUCUAGUGUUUUUGUUAUACGGAUACUCUCUUAUUUGAAAUUAACUUGAGAUUUGACCUGCUCUGCUCUCUGUGAUUGUGGUGCAUUCAACUAUAUGAUCAAUGGUCCUUGACCUUGUUCAUCCUGGAAUUGCCUUCGGUAGAAUGCACACCUAUGUUACUUCUUUGGUUUCAAUUUAAUCUACUAUCGAUAUGAAGGAAUGACAAAACUUUUGUCUGAUAUAUCAAAUUUUAAGAUGUGUAAGAUAUCAGUGUCUGAUAUAUCAACUUUUGUCUGCGACUUUAUCCCUGUUCUGCUAUGCUAGUUGUUAUCCACAAGUAGCUAGCCUUAUUUUCAGUGACAAUGGUUGGGUGGUUAGUACUAUUCUGCAUUGUGAUUCCCUUGUGUUAGCCUACUUUGCAAGGCCAUAGGGAUCUUAUUAUGAUCAAUAUUGUAUCCACACUGUUUUGUUUGCACCGUC